AAGGUGUAUUGAUAAUUAUUAGUUUAUAAUUUUUCACUUUCUAAUAUUAAUAUAUUUUUGAAAUUAUUUUGUAUUACCUGUUUACCUAUAAUUCUUACAAUAAUACCAUAUAACCAUGACUUUACCUUUAUUAAAGCAUUUAGAGUUAAGACCAGUAAAUAUAAAAGGAGAAAUUUUUGAAAAAAAUGUUUGUUAACAAUAUUAUUUAUUAAUUCUUCUAUUGUUUUUUACAACAACCAUUUACUGUGCGCUCAAACUAUUAUUAUUUUACUGUGUGAUAUUCUUCUUGAAAACAAUACUACGUUUGAUUUUCCAGGUCCUUUGGGUAGCCUAUUCCGUGGUGUUUGUCAUUAACGUGUCACAAUGAAAUUCAAAUUCUGUGGGGGUGGUGACUGCCCAGAAUGGUUAUUGGUUCAGAUCAAUGCACUAUCAAGGAUGACAUCGAUUAAAAUGAAACUGUUAGCCCAGUGCACGGUUAAUUCAUUGCUCGGAGAACCAUUCAACUUUGAAAAAGCUAAGGAGCUUAUGGCUGAUGCUAAACUCGAUGUUGAAAACUGUAAAGCAUGUGUUGCUGCAAUCACAUAUAUUCUAAAAAAUGCUGCUUGUCAUGCUGUUUCUCAAAAUUAUCUUUCCAACGAAUUACAACAAAUUGGUUUGCCACGUGAACAUGCUUCAGCGCUAUGUAGAGUAUAUUUGGACAACUUAUCACAAAUAACUAAAGUGUUGAAGAAUGAAUCUUUGCAAAUUGGUCGUUUGAAUGAUGUUGAUAUAUCCAAAGGAAAUUGUGGCGAAUAUUUGAUUAAAUUAAAUUAUAAUAAUACAUCUAAAAUUAUGGAAGAAAAUCAAUUCACGUUAACCAAGGAACAAAUUCAACUUUUAAUUGCAGAGUUCAACGACGUUAGCAAUCAAAUGAAUGAACUAGCACAAGAAUGCAAAGAAUAAAUAUUUUCAAAUAUUUCACCUAAUUCAAAUAACAGAGUAAUAACAAGGGAAAACAAUUAAAUCAAUUUUAUCAGCAACAUUUUUAUAAUUUGAUAAACUUUAAGCAAAACUAGUGUCGUGGGUGGUCUCCCAAAAAUAGUAAUUGUAUUGAAUAUUAAUAUUAUACAUGGUUGUAGUUUUAGUUUAUAAAUUAAGAUAGUUCUUGAAGAUCUAAAUAGUUUGAGUUUGUAAGAGUUGAUUUUUAAAGUUUAAGAAAAAUAAUUCUAUACUCUGUCUAGUGAGAGAACGCGUCAGUUCUGUGCAUGCAGACUGAUGACCGAAUGGUUGCCGAGGUCUCGUUUCCCCCUCUGGAUGUUCCGAUAUUGGUCGUCAGAGUGUGCCAUCAGUUGUUGGGCGAGUAUGCAUAAAACCAGAUCGAUUUUGGUCAGGCCAUGGCGCGUUCUCUAGCUGGACAGAGUAUAGUAAUCCAUUCUUCCAACUAUCUCUUCUAUAGUUUAGUUAUUACAAAUAAUGCUUUACAUUUGUCAGUUAAUAAUUUUAGAAACUACCACGACGCCACACUAAUUUCAAUCAAUUAAAUACAACUUAACAUGUUAUAGUGUAACAACUUUCCCAUUUAAAUAUAAAUAACAAUAUUUACAGAAGUAACCCAAUCAAUUGUUUAAACAAAAUAAUACUUUAUAUAGUAUACACAAAUAAAUUAUUCUGUCAAUAAAUACUGAUGAUUUAAAUAUUUUUAGAUAUAAAUGUUUAAA